UUACUGCAAACGUCACACUUUCGCGUGCUUUAAGGCGUCUCUUAGCAACGGAAGAAACUCCCUUUGAAUUGGCUACGUAGGACGAAACCAGGAAAGCAUUAGAGAGAUGGACGGUGGUCGUAAUGGGGGUCUGCUGGAGGACCAAAUGAACAGGCAGGAUGAGACUCUCGGACAGAAUACUGAAGUCACUGAGCCAGAGAGAGAUGGUAACUCAAUGGAGCUGUCAGACAGUGAUGUUGGAGGCAAUGAUUACUCUGGGACCAGUGAACCAGUGCUUUUGCUCAACUCUGAAACAGACAACAAGAGGACACCUGUCUUACCCCAGUACUCUUUCGAGUUGGAGCUAAGUAGCAGUGGGGCACAAUGGAGAGGAAGAGAGGAAGAAGAAAAUGAGGAACAGGAAGAACUUCUGGUUCUGGAUCCUGAACAUCCUCUAAUGAAGAGAUUUCAGUCUGCAUUGAAGAAACACCUAAGUAAUCAACUGGAGAGACAGAUCCUUGAACUCCGUGAGAAGAAAGUACUGGAGAAAGCUGAGGUUCAGAGGCGUCAGGAACUUGCUGAGGAAGUGUACAUGGUGCAGGAGGUGUUGGCCAAACUCCAAGCAUCUCUGGAAGCCAGUCAUGAAGCUAAUGGCCAGACUUCUGCCCAGCGGAGACAGGCUCAAGAUGAGCUAGAUACAGUGAAGAAUCAGUACCAUGCAACUGCUAGUCAUGCACAAAAACAACGUACACAAGUGUCUGAAUUACAGUCUAAGGUGGACAGCAUGGCCACGAUACUGCUCUAUAUGCAGAAGGCCAACACUGACCUGCGCUUGGACAUCAAAGCAAUAAUAAAUGCUUCAAACAAAGCUCAGAGAGAGAGAACUCAGGCAGAGGAGCACAAAUACCAGCAGGAUGUCUAUGUCGAGCGCUUGACCAAGCAAGUUGAGAAGCUUUCAGGGCAGAUCGCUCUGUUUGAGCUUCAAAUCACUGCUCAGAGUGAGGAGACAAAGGCUGCAAAGGAGACUUAUUCUGAGGCACAGCUUGAACUUGACUCUCUUAAUGUCGAGCACAAGCAGUUGUUCCAGCAGUGGAACAGCAGCCUGGUAAUGAUGAGAAAGAGGGAUGAAGCUUACAAUGCUAUGCAGGAAGAAUUGAGGCAGAUCAAUGAUCAGAUGCUUUCUCUAGAAACCAAAAUUGAUGGUUAUAAAAAGUCCAUUACACAAGAAGAGGAGCAGAAUGAGCGUCUUACUCUGCAUCUGAACCAGGCCCAGGCUGACUGCACCACUUCACAUAAACUCCUUACACACUCCCAGAACCAUCAGGAGGGCUUGCAGGCCCAGUACAGCAACUACACACAAAUACAGCAGGAGACGGAGAAAACUCUUAGUACACUGCAUGUGGAGCGUGAGGUGUAUCAGUCCAAGCUCAAGGCUUUCAGAAAUCAGAUGGAAAAAGAGUCUGCAGUGUGUUUAAACCUGCAGGAUCAGAUUAUGAACAAACUGAAAGAGCAGUUUACCCACAAUAAUUCAGCAAAGUAUUCAUGUCGACUGACUGAUAAAACUGCAUCACAGAGGAGAGAGAAGGAGGCGAAAUUAACUAAAUUGGAGAACGGCAUUAAUGUUGUAAAGCUGGAGAGUCAAAUGUUGGUGACACAUCUGAAUUCCCUAGCCCCACUACAUGCAGAACUUGAGAAAGAAAUGUCCCAACAACGCCAGCUGCUAUCCUCUCGUGAGGCUGAGAUCUCUGGAAACGUCACAGAUAUUGAACGAAAGCAAUCAAUGAUCAACAUCUUUAACAAGAAGAUCAAGGAGAUUGUAUCCAGUACUGGGCAUGAAGACCUAAGCCCCUUGGAGAUCUGUGCAGCCACCCUGUCCAAGGAACUUGAGGAAGUUGUUACUGAGAUUAAAGAACAGCAGCACUUGUGGCUCUGGCAGCAGGGGGAGCUUGUAAGAUUCACUCAGGAGAAACAGGCCCACAGCUGUUCUGUACAGACCCUGUGCACACAACUCACAAUACUGCAGCAGAGCCAGAUUAACAGAAAGAGUGAGAUGGAGCAGGAUCAGCGUGAGCAGGCAGAUCUGGAGAACCAAAUCAAGGAUGUCAUGGCAGACAUGAUAAAACUGAAUUGCUUGCUCAGUAAAAACAGUGAUCUGAAUCAAACACUGCAGCAGAACAACAGUCUGAUUGAGACUGAGUUCAGACAGAGACUCAAGGAGGCUAAAAGCGAGUCGGUUGAGACUCAGCUAAAGCUGGAGAUGUUAAACAAAGAGAAAGAGAGACUCGUGAACAGCCUAGUGGAGGCAGAGCGACUUAUCAUGUUAUGGGAGAAGAGAACCCAGCUAAUGCGGGAGACAUGGUCUGCCAUCGACUCUGACAUUGGACACGGAGACAUGCGAACAAUGGCACGAGAGGUUCAUCGCAUGGAGGUUCGAUAUGCUCAGCUAAUGAAGCAGCAAGAGCGGUUGUUAAGAGACAUGGAGUCAGUGGUGUCCAGGCGAGAAACUAUAAUGAUUCAGAGUGAGUCUCAGACAAGAUCUAACCAUAUGCAGACUCCACACAAUGAAUACCACACUAUUCAGGGUCUCCAACGAAAGAUUCUACAAACAAAGAAGCAAUCAGAAGAGUGUGGUGGUGUCAUAGCUCAACUGGAGGACAGGCAGCAUUAUUUGAGCUCCAGUCUCAGAGAGAAACAAACGGAUCUCAGUGAACUGCAGAAUAGAAGAGCUAUUCUGGCUCAGGACCUUACUGCCUUUCAGAAGACUAAAGAGAGAAACUUGUCUCGUCUGCUGACUCUCCAAAGUCAGGCGAAACACCUCCAGGAUGUUAAGCAGGGCCGAUACCGUCCUGUGGCAGGUGAAGACACUGUACUUGAACUGGAAAAACUGAAACAAGAGAAACGUUUAAAAAUGGUCAGCUCAAUCCUUCAGUAUUUGACCCAGGAGUGCCCUCAACAUCACAGCAUCUUCCACAGGCUCAACUUCACACUAGAAGAACACCUACACACUGGACUUUAGGACACCAAGAAAGGAUAGACAUACUGUAAAGUACUGCAUAUAUAUGUGCAUGCAUGCAUUUUUAAGAGUAGUGUGAGUUAUGAUAUAUUUUGAGUAAUAAUAGAUAGAGCCAUUGAACACAAAUUUUGGAUUCAAGCACACAGUCAAGAACUUUAAACUUAUGUUUUAGGCAACAACUUUCAAUCAGUGUAUACACAAAUAUGUCAUAUUUUGCUUUAAACAGAACUGUGGCAUACCCUACAUAAACUAUUUUCCAACCCAUUAAAGCAUACAAGACAAAACGUGUACCUGGUCACUUAUUUACUUAGGACAAUGAUUUAAUAUUACAAGUGUGUGAUAGGCAAAUACACCUCUUGUGCAGCUUGAAGGGUUAGUUCAUAUGUUCAUCAAUUGUAUUUUGUUUUCUGUUUCCAAUAGUGUAUUGUGAUUAACUCUUCACAAGC